GCUGGAGAACCCUCGUCUCUUCCCUUGCACCAACAGAUUCCAUGUAUAAAUUGCCAUACAUCGAUCUUUCUCAUCGUCGCUCUAAUAUUUUAGAAACAGAACGUGUACUAUUUCCAGAGACCUCUCUCAAAGCGCCCGUACUUCUGCUUCUUCCACUACAAUCACCAGAUCUGCUGAUGGUGAAAAUUGUCGGGAAUCUAGAGUUGUGAGAAGAUAUGGAUCCCCUAUUGAGCACUGUUCACCAGCUUCUGAGCGUCCCCGACGAAAUGGACAAGCUCCUUAAUAACCCUACGCGCACGUAUAUUCUGGACAGCAAUGCCAUGGCCUCCACUCCUAUUGAUGUCAAAGAGUUCCCUAAGUCAUAUGUCUUUAUAAUCGACAUGCCAGGCCUUAAAAACAACGACAUCAAGGUUCAAGUAGAGGAUGAAAAUGUGCUGACAAUCAGUGGAGAGCGAAAGAGGGAAGAGGAAGAGGAUGUCAAAUACAUCCGGAUGGAGCGCAGGGUCGGCAAAUUUAUGCAUAAAUUUACCCUGCCUGAUGACUGCAAUAUGGAGGCCAUUUCUGCCAGCUGUCAUGAUGGAGUGUUGAGUGUGAUCGUUCCCAAGCUUACUCCUCCAGAGCCCAAGAAACCUAAGACAAUUGAAGUUAAAGUUGCCUAGCCGCUCGUCUUUGUGGACUGUGUUUUUUUAUUUCUAAUCUGUAGAGGAGUCAUAAAUGUGAUAUUGUAAUUACUGCGGGUCUGUUUAAUGCGGAACUUAGUGUUUUGGGAUUCGGGGUUCUAUAUUUUCGCAACCUGAAUUCCUCCAUGGGUACAGAGAUAUGUAAAAGUUUAAGUUACAUAAUAAUGAAAAUGCGGUUUGCGGGAAUUUUGAACCUA